AUGGAUUUUUCUAAAAUAUGCCGAACUUGUAUGCAGGGCGACCCGUCUCGUUUACUGAAUCCAAUUUUUAUGUCUGAAGAUACCCAUGACCGCUUUUCAGCUGUUAUUUACUCGUGUAUAGGAGUACAGAUUAAAUACGAAGAUGGUCUACCGCAAAACAUGUGCACGAUAUGCAUGAACCUGUUCAACACAACCCUGAAAUUCAGGAAACAAUGUAAACAGGUCGAGACAGAACUCCUCAAGAUAACACCUGCAUCCCAUUCUGACGAUGACAAUACCAACGAAGACCAAUACCCUACCACCACAACAGAAGAUCACUCCAAUCGUUACCCAUCAGUAUAUGUCGGUUUAAAAGAAAUAAAAUCUGAGUGUGACAGCCUCAAAACUGAUGAUGAUUCCAUUCACCCUUUAAAAUAUGAUGAUGAUGAUGACGAUCAACCUUUAAAAUACUUUCAAAACAAUCAGAAAAAUUGCAGAGAAAAUUCAGACAUUGAUAUCAAUGGUAACGGAAGUGAUUUAAGCAACGAUGUCUCCAGCAGUACUUCUAAAAAUGAAGAAAUUGUAACAAAACGUUACUCGGAUAACGAUGGUCCAGAAUCUACUAGUGCAACGGAAGCACCGUACAUUGUAACGGAGAGUUACAAGAAAACAAAGAGGGUUGUGUGUAAACUCUGUCAGAAAGAAUUGUCGAUAAGAAGUAUAGACACACAUAUGGUCCGCAGACACCCUGGAGCUGAUGAGAGAAAGGUCAAAUGUGAACUGUGUGAUAAAUAUGUGAUGAAGAAUAAAUUGAAUAGGCAUCGGUUGCUAACGCAUGGUGCGGUGGGAGAUAUUUGUGGAUAUUGUAAAAAGGAGUUUUCGAGUAAAGAGAUACUAAUCACACAUGUCGCCACCUGCCCCGCUAGGUACAAGAAGAGGAAGAUGAGCGAAAAUGCUCGAAAAAUAUCAGAAUGUGACAUAUGCAAGGUGAAGAUGCAGCAAGCGAGCUUACAGAAGCACAAAGCUGUUAAACAUGCUGGACUGAGACCUGUGUGCGAGCACUGCGGCAAGAGUUUCGGCAAUAAGUUCCGUCUAAACGAGCAUUAUAGAGCGAAGCAUGGAUAUGAGAAGUUCAAGUGUAGUUACUGCGACUUCCAGAGCGCUGGGAUCAUGGCCAUGCGGAACCACGAGCGUCGCCACCGCGGCGAGAAGCCGUACGUAUGCGAGACGUGUGGCGCCAAGUUCCACGCUUCGUACUUACUCGUCCAACACAAACAUUCGCAUCGAGCUGAGAAAACUGUCAAGUGCGAGCUCUGCCCGGCAUCUUUCAAAGCUAACAAUAAUUUACAUAUGCACAAAUUGACUUGUCAUAGCAAGGCGUAUUACAGCUGUUUAAUAUGCGCUCGGUCGUAUAAAUGCAAAUAUUAUGCUGUCAAACAUGUCAGGUUGACACAUAGCCUUUAUGAGCCUCCAAACGUUAUUAGGUUGGUCCCACAAUAA